AUGAUUACGAGUGUCUCUGGCAACACGGCUACGGCGGCGCUCUCGUCCAUCGCGCUCGCGACGGCGGCCUUGGCACUCUACAGCUCUCGCACCCCCUCGACCGCUCGACCUCGCACCACAGCGGUCCCUGCUACCGCCCAGUCCAACGAGAAGGACGCGGAAACGGAGAAGGACGCACAGGCGACGCAGAAGGAGGGGAAGGGGCGGGACCCGGACGCCGAUGCGAAGCGGUUCGAGGUCCGCAAGGAGUUCUUCGACCCGUCGACUUCGCGGUGGAGAGAGGAAGACGAGGACGACCCGAGCGACUCGGACUCGGACAGUGGGUCAGACUCGGAGGACGAGGGAGGCGAGGGGAAGAGGAAGUCGGCCUCCUCGAAGGACAAGAAGAAGAAGAAGCGGUUCCUCUUCGUCGCCAAGGACCGCACGUACCCGAAGAGCCCCGAGUACGCAGGCUACGAGGACUACAUCGCCAUCUCGGUCUCCUCGCACAUCCUCACCUCGACCCUCCGCGCCAUCCACUGCCUCCAAGACCUCGACGAGAUCUUCGAAGACAAGCCCGACCUCGAUGCGCGCGACCUUUUCCUCGCGCGGGACGAACUCGGCAAGGAGCUGGACAAGGCGAAGAAGGCGGCCGAGGAGUGGAGCGAAGGCGAGGAAACGGUGGAGACGAAGGCUGACGGGGACGUCGACCUCGGUGGCGAGCCAAAGAAGAAGAGCAAAGAGCGGCUCGAGGCGGAGGCGGACCAGCUUGGCGUCCUGAUCGACUACAUCGACUCGCUCUUCAAGCCGACCGCCACCAAACUUGCUCGCCUCCUCCAGCCGCCCACCUCCUCCGCCUCCUCAUCCACCUCGCAGCCCACCUUCCAUGCGCAGAUCACCUUCCCGCUGCUGUGGGCCCUCCUCAAGCCGCGCUCGCUCGCAGUCGCCGAGCACACCGAGAGUGGCGAGAAGUUUGCUUUCAAGGUCGUCUCGACAGCUUACUCGCUCACUCGCGAUGGACACGUCUUUACAGUCAGCGGAACGAGGAUGAUCUGGAACGGCGAGAAGUACAGCCGGGUCUGGGUUGACGAGCAGAUCCCGAAGUUCAAGUCCCUCCGCCGCCUCACCUCUCUCCCGGUCCAGCCUCUCUCUCCGAGCUCUUCUCUCUACACCGACCUCGUCUCGCGCGGCAAGAAGUACGUCGAGCUGACCGAGGGCGGCGGGAUGCGGUUCCUCCGGUACGAAGGGGUGAUGGUGCAAGUUCUGGGCGUGGGAAUGGAUAAGAGGGUGGUCAAGAUGAGGGCCGACGGACGUGCGGUCGUCGAUGUCAAGUCGUACAGGCGGAUGAACCCGACUCGCGCGAUGAACCAGUGGUGGGAAAGUGACGACGACGACGACGACCCCUUCCUCUACGGCGACCCCUCGCACCCCCUCGCCCCAACCUCCGACGACGAACCCACCUCCCCUCAAACCGUCUCCACCUCGGACCUCGUCCUCCUCCCACCCACAAUCUACGGCUUCUCCCUCUCACUCCGCGAAUGGGGCGAGCUCCUCGUCGCCAACUUCUCGCCCAUCGCGUUCAGAGACGACGCGUGGGACCGGCUCGUGUUGGAUGAGCAGACCAAGAGGUUGGUCAAGGGGUUGGUGGAGUGUAACGAGGCGGUCAGGGAGGCGAGGAAGAGGCAGAAGAGGGAGGGUGUUGUUGCGACGGCGAAUGGCGAAGCAGAGAAGGGGGAGAAGGAGGUCGAAGUUGUGAGCGACAUUGUCGAGGGGAAAGGAGGCGGUCUGGUCAUCACCCUCCACGGCGCUCCCGGCACAGGCAAGACCCUCACCGCCGAAGCUGUCGCCGAGACCCUCCGCGUCCCGCUCUACACCGUCGGCGCCGGCAGCCUCGGUGUGCAGGCCGACAUCCUCGAGAAGCGGCUGCGCGACGUGCUCGACAUUGCGCAGUAUUGGGGCGCGGCGCUGCUCAUUGACGAGGCGGACGUCUUCCUCGAAGCGCGAUCGCUGCACGACGUCGCGCGCAACGCGAUGGUCAGCGUGUUCCUCCGCCUGCUCGAACACCACCGAGGCGUGCUGUUCCUCACGACGAACCGGAUCCGGAGCAUCGACCCGGCGUUCUUGAGUCGGUUCUCGCUCGCCAUCACGUACCCGAACCUGGACCGCGAGAAGCGCAAGGUGAUCUGGCGGCAGUUUCUCGAGCUCGCGCGCGUCGGCAUCGACACGGACGACUCGGCUUUCCCCUCGCCCGCCGCGACUCCCUCUCGAGGCUCUCCCGAACCGAACGGCGUCCCACAUGCGCGCUUCGACUCGUCCAUCUCCCCCUCGUACCUCUCGAAACUUGCCUCGAACACGUCUUUCAACGGACGGCAAAUCAAGAACGCCGUGCGGACUGCUCAGGCGCUCGCAUUGUCGCAGGGUGAGAAGCUGGGACAGAAGCAGAUUGAGGAGGUUGUCAAGGCUGUGGAGGAUUUCAAGCGCGAUUUUGAGGAGGCGGACGAGGCGGGCGUGUACGAGGCGCCGGGUGAGGGCUGGAAGGACAGCACCAACAUUUUCAACUAA